ACUUCUCCCAAGAUUGCCUCAGUGUUAGUUUCUUGGAGCGAGGUUCGCGUAGUAGAGUCACACAAAACCAGUCCCCGCAGCUCAUACAGAACCGAACUCACCAUCGCGAGCCAGUACCUUUGUGAAUUGCGACACGGUGUGAAGCUUCUUCUUGAAGUCCAUUUCGCGCAACGACCCCCAAAAGCGUUCUCCCUCCUCAUUUUCUAUGCCGCAAAACAAUACCCAUAAGCUACUGCAAAAGUCGUAAAAGCAAUCCAUUUGUGCAAGUGAAAAUUCUUUAGUCUAUUGACGAUUCUUUUGGGCAGCUAUUGUUCAAUUUUUUUCCAAAAAAAAGUCGCAAAGAGACACCUCAAUUUGUGAUCUGUGCGAUACAAUGGAAAGGUGUGUGUGUUCGGUCGUUGAUUAUUAUUUUUGUGACUCCUAAUUCCGGUUUGUUGAUUUUGUGUGACUUGUGUGGUGUUUUUCACCUCCCCCCCCCCCGGCAGCAAAGUAAAAAAAAUCAAACAAAUGAAUGCUGAUAAAAUACAAUUGUAUAAUAGCUAAAUGUGAGAAAUGGACAUACCCAUUGAGAAUCAAGCAAUUAAACUUUGAAAACUAUUUCUAUCGGAGCAAUAAUAGAAAAUAAAUAAAUAAAAUCGCGAUCGCUCCCCCGCUGAGGCUAUAGCGGCACUCUCAUCCAACUUUUCCCUCCAUCCUAUUUUCUCACAACACAUUGGGAGUAGUUUUUCUCCAAGCACCCCAAAAAAAAGACACGCCAUGUACUGGAAAUUGCUGACAACGCUGGUACUAUUGAACAUCUCAAAUGUCUGGAGCGGUGGAUGUGGACAAAUGUUUAAGGGCAAAUGCACAUGUGGCUAUGGGAACUACGACAACAGCCGGCGAUAUAUAGUAAAUUGCACUGACACUGGAUUUAGGGAUACAACAAUGUUGGAAAAUCUUCCUGCUGAAAUUGAAGUACUCAUCUUCACGGGGAAUCACAUCUCGGAAUUACCGUGGAACGUUUUUGGACAAAUGAAUGACUUGGAGUCACUGACAAUCGUCGAUAUGUCUAACAAUGGGAUUCAGGAGAUACGUGGAAAAUCCUAUCAUCAUGUGCCAAAUGUCCGUCGCCUCAUUCUCAAUCACAACAAUCUCAGCAUCUCACGCUACGAUGAUGAUUUCAAUCAUCACCAUCCCAGAGUCUUUUCUAAUUUCAUCAAUCUCAUGGAACUCCAUCUGACCAAUGCAUUUGCAGACAAUACCUCGGCACAACUUUCAGAGGACCUACACGAUAUCUUUGUGAAUAGCAACCUGACAAAAUUGAUAAAACUCCACCUGGAGCAAAAUGAGAUCUCGGCAUUUAGGGAUAAGCAAGUUUUCUGCGAUCUUCCAGCCCUGAGAGAUUUACACUUGGGUGACAACAAUCUUAAGGAAAUAAACUUCAAUUUAAUGUGCCUCAAGCACCUGCGCUUCCUGGAUCUCGAAAGGAAUAAAUUCGAGAUGGUUAAAGCCCGAGACUUGGCCACACUCGAUGCUCUCCAAUCUCUUCCUGGGCGCGACGUUAAUCUCGUCGUAGAUUUCAUGUACAAUCCCUUCCGGUGUGAUUGCUCCAUUAGCUACUUAAAUGAAUGGCUUCAGAGAACGAAAGUAGAUGCUAGAAAUCGAGACUACUACACCUGCCAGCGCAACGGGAAGGACUUUGACACUGACACAAUAAUCACCCUAAAAGUUCAGCGUUGUAAGAAUCAAUCUCAGAGCACAAGAACUACAUCUGGACACACAGUGACCCUAGUUUUCCUUCUUGUGGUUCUCUGCUUCAUUCUCGUUGGUCUCGUAGCGGCACUCAUCUACGUUAGUCGCGAUCGUAUCAACCUUCGACGCACAUUCACACCAAUGCUCAGCAAUGUGUCCAAGAAAGUGCAAUACACUUCCAUAAAAGACGACGAUUGUCCUGAGGUUCAUGUCUAAUGAAAAAAAAAGACUACACCCCCGCGCAUCACCCUAUAUACGACAUUUUCUUUUUGUUUUAAAAUUAGGGCUCGUAUUUUUUUUUCUAUUCUCUUUUGCAAUGCAACCAAAAACAACCAACACGGCAAUGAUUGAACUCCAAGAGAAUUUGGGUUAAGAUGAAUCCAAAAUGAAUAUUUUACGGCGGAAUUGUGCCAUGUCAUGUUUAAGAAUUUACAUUAAAUUUAAAAGUAGAAUUACUUUUUUUUAAAAAAAUUACAUUUCGUAACUCUUCCGGCAAGUAGGACGCAAUAUAAGAAUAAAUUUUUAUAUUAAAUAAUGUUUUUACUGUAUUUGCUAAAAACUGUGAUUAUUACAAAUUAAUUCACUACAUUGUGUAAGAAUUUAUUUGAAUUUGACUUGAAUACUUAAUAAAGUAAUAUAGGAAUACUUAAAAAAAAA